AUUUAUUUCUAGCCUUCUCGUCAUCAACAUCAUUCUCUUUCUAUAUAUGUUGUUGUUGUUGCAUUUUGUUUGUAUCAUUUGUGUUUCUUUGUUUGGUCCCGACACGAACAGGUCUUUCAAGCUCACUGACGGAAGAACCGGCUGACAGGUGCUCGAAGAGAGUUACUUCCCUUAGUAGAAACCACUGGCAACGGCGUUGUUGAAGUAUGGCCGACGCUCGAGAGCUGUCGUAGAGUCAUAGAACAGAAGAAAGGAAGCAAUUGUAGUUCAACCUUAUAUUACUAACUGGGCACCAUGGCUGCUGUUCUAAAAAGUGCAGCUGUGUCAAGCUCAAAUAAAGGACAACCAAGUUCUUUUUACAGCAAGGAUAAACCGAAUCCAGUGUUUCAAUCACUUGAUCAAGAAUUCAAAAAGUUUGCUGGAUAUAUGAAAAAGAGAGCUGGCCCUGGCUACAGGAAACCGGAUGAAGAGUCAUAUUCAAGGCCAGCCGAUACCUUAUUUGAAUUGUGGAACAAGUAUGAGGCUCGCCUUCCCACAGUUUACUAUCAAAAGAAACUACUGGAAAUGGGAGAUUUUCUUGUCACCAUGAAGGAGUACAAGCUUGCUCUGUGGCAGUGUUAUGAAAGGUAUCUGCAAGCUUUUGGGGAUGUCAAUGUGGAAGAGAUCACCAAUGUAGACAUGUUCCGAAAUACUUUCUUCCCAAAUGGUUUUGAUGGAGAAAAUGCUGGACUGACAUUCCGAGCCCUCAUGGGGAAAAGUAUCAGCAUGUAUCAGGUUGUGAAACUGUCGGACCCAAAGUUACAGAACAAACAGUCUGUUGACCGCUGUGUGCAGAUCCUCAUCUUUCUCAGACUGGUCAUGCAAGUCGUCCUUCCCAAGGAAUCCCUCUGUUGGCUUGUUUUCAAUGGCACAGUGCACAUAUACAGCAUUUCAAGACACCUAAUGUCACUGGGACAUUCAGCAAGGGUCCUUGAGUUCCUGCUGUGGGCGAGCAUGUGUAUGGAGACCUCCGUGCCACUUCUGGCUGUCAAGUACCUCCCCUGGCGCACCACCCUCUACACUGCAGUGUGUCAGUGCUACUAUGACUGCAAGGCAGGGCAACAUGCAGAGGGCUUCGCACGCCGUGGACUGGCCAAGAUCAAUGAGUUGAGUAAGCUGGAGGGUCUGAGUAGUUCCCAGGAGACACCUGAGUCUGAGAUUGCAUUCAGGGAGGCAACGGUCAAGAUGGCUGUGAUGGUGUACAAGAGAUCUGUCAUGGAGACCAGGAGGAAGCCAAAGGGAUUGUUGCGGCCCAAAACACGGGCAAACCUCAAGGAUGUUCUCAAUCUUCCAUGGCCUCGCACCCCAAGUGAGAAGAUGUUGGCUGACAUGUUUGAAGGGAGUGCUGCCCAAAUCCUGGCUGUUCUGGAGAGUCUCCAGGACACAAAUCGACGUAUCCUGCUCACCUCCCCACCAGCUCCAGACAAUGAGCCAGAGAUCCUAGAUGUCUUCUGUGAACUCUUCAUGGCAGCACAGGAAAUCCUGGCAGGUGGAGGUGGGAACAAGCCACCAGGCCCCAAGCCCAUGAGUUCACUUGGUGGUCAUCCUCUAGCCUCGGUGGUCACUGACAGGGGUCUCAUGGAGAUGGCCACAAAGGGUGAGGAUGGAGUGCCUAUCAGUGCUGUCAUCAAACUGGUCAAACUGGCCUUCAACUAUGAACACUGGGAUACGUUUGACCUGCUAGUGGACCCUCUCCUUACACAGUUGAAGGUGUUGAGUGAAGACAGAUACAUGUGGGAUGAGAAGGCGCUGGAACUGCUGCAGGCCAUGGAGAGACUCAACAGCAGCAACCGACGCCACAAGCGGAUGGCUAACGUUGUAGAGGAGGAGAAAGAGGAAGAGCCAGCAUCAGGGGGCAGGCAACCCUCCACCAUCCACUGCACUUCAGUGAAAUCUCUUGGCAUCCAGGAUGAUCUGAUUAAUCUGGCUGAAGUCCUCCUGUCCAUCGUCAGCGGACCUUUCCUGCAAGAGAACAUCGAGAUUGACAUGAUAGUGGAUGCUGGGCUGUUUCUGUGGAACAAGUGCAAAACAGUGUUCCAGAAAUUUCAGACUGGUUCUGUUGACAAUACACGGUACCUUCACAAGAUGGACAACCCAAAUAAGUGGAUGUUCCUGCUGGACGCUGUCCACCAAGUGUUGUGCUGGAGUGGAAUCAGUAGUGUUGACCCUGCCCUUACAGCUGAAGUGGUGCUAAGACUGGCGCUAGUCUAUGAGAGCAGUGCCCAUUUGGAGGCUACGGAGGAUCACCGAUCAGGCCUGAAGGACUCUAAGACAACACUGACCGACCUAGGCACCGCAGCUGACACAAACUUCACUGGUCAGCAGUAUCUGAGUCGGGCAUCCAUGCUGUCCUCAACAGCCAACAUCACAGCUCGUGGACAGUUGUUGCAGGCCAGGGAGAUACUGGAGCUGGGGCUGCAGAGUGUCUCAUUUGCCAGACAAGCAGUUGCUCUCAAUGAUGGAAAAUCCAUUGCUGAUGUCAGCUUUAUAAAGGACCUGAACCCUGAGGUGUUUUCUCUGGAGGCAGUCAAGGAAGUGUCGGAACUAUCUGAUGAUAGUCACGUGAAUGUAGAAGAACUGAUCCCACCCAGUCACCGAGGUGCUGCAACAGCUGUCUGGAACACUGUCAAGGAUCUCCAUCUUGAACUGAUCCUUAUGUACCACAGAGUUUGCCUGAAGCUUUCAUCUCUUGGUCCAGAUCCAUCUCUCAAGGAGUCCAAGUCUUCCAAGAGGAGAAUAGAUUCAGACUAUAUGGAUAGCAACGGCAGCAUGUUGGACUCCUAUGUUGAGAGUUUUGAUGAGCUGUCCACUCGCUGUAGCAAGAACAGCCUAUCCAAGGCAUUACUGUACAUGCAGCAGGCUCAGAUGUCCUGUAACGAGGGCGCUCCCUCACAACAUGUCAAGAAGAUGUUUCAGGAGUCUGUGUCGCUGAUCCAGCGAGCGGAGGCCGAGGAGAGGAGGCUGUACCUAGAGAACAAGAGUCUGAGUGAGAUGUCACCUCGCACCUCCAAGAUUCCCCCACCCCCCAUCCUGCUGUGUCGCACUGACAACUCCAUGGUCUUCACACCAGCGCCGUUUGAACCUCAAGGAGGAGAGAAGGUGGCUUGGUACCGACUCUUUGGUCGAUCAGCAAGUGGCAGCAAUGUCAAGGUCAGGAUCAAUGACUACUUCCUAGAUGGAACUGGAGAAGAGGUGCCAUCAUUCCGAUGUGAGCUGAAGGCAACAGGACUGAAACCCAAUGAGCGCUAUGUAUUUGCUGUUGGUGCGUACACGUCUGCUGGCAAACUGAUUGGAGACAGUGUAGGGGAGACCAGUAAACCCAUCCUAGCAUCCCACCCCCUGCCGGUUCUCAUGACCUGGGCCUUCCUCACCCAGAUUGCCUAUCAAGUUGGAGGGUACGACAUUGCCCAACAUGCCUGUGAUGUAUUAUGGGAUCACUUCCUAGCGGAGAAACCCCCUCCUCAGGGCCCCACCUACACCACUUCUGUUAACAAGGACUACAGACUCACACUCCUCAGGUUAAACCAGCGUGCUGUGUGUUUGUCCUCGCCGGUUCUGCUGAGGCAAUUCCUUACGGCCAUCUUCAUCAGUGUGGACAUCAGUGUCCGUAAUGGGCAGCUGUUCUGUGAUGGCCUGUGUGACAGAGGACCACUGUAUGCUGGACAGUUACGACGCCUUUCCAAGUGUGAGAAGAUGCUGGUAGCAAUAGAAUUGGCUGGGUGGCUGAAUGAAGCUAACCUGGCCCUCCAGGCAGUUGUGCAGUGCUAUGGGCUCCUGGCCCCACUCCUCUUCUACAAGAUUCCUUCCUUGGCUGUCAUACAAGUCCUACAGAGAUGCCAUGCAGUGCUGCAAGAAAUCCCGGCUGGGCUCAUACAAAAACGUCAGGGCAACAUUGCAGACAGUCUUCAUCACAUGACUGCCUGUAUCACAUUCCACAUGGCAAAGGUUCUGCGCACUUGGGGACAGAAGGCUCUUGCGAGUAGCAUCAAUGAAAGCGGCCGUCUGCUGCUGGCGACAGAGAUGCCGGAGGAGAAGCCCACCAAGUUGGAGGGUGGUGAUGCAGAGAAGGGGGACACUACAACUGUAGCCACAGAGAACACAGACGUGGGAUCCAUCACCCUACAGGCCAUGAAGAAGAAGACCAAGAAACGCAUCGGACAGAGCACAUUGAACAAGGAGGAGACUGAUGGACCGGUCAACGAGGAACUCAAGGCUCUCACUGCACACAUACUCAGCCUCACAAAGGCCUCUCACAACGAACAUGAGCUCACAGGCAAUGAAGAUCCUAGCAUCCUCCAUGCUUACAUUGCCUACCUCCCCAGCAAGAUGGCCUACAGGGAGGUGUUGAAGUUCAAGCGCCGGGCACGCUACCUGGAGUUCUUCGUCCAUGUUGCCCAGAAAGGACUGACAGAAGGUCUGGCUGAGCAGGUGGUGGACUGGUGCGACGACUCCAUCAACUGGCUGUCCAAGCGAAAUGAACAGAUCAUUGGCAACCGAGUGUUUAUGAGCAAACAGCCUGGAGUGAUCACCAUAGGUGGAGAUGACCCCAAGAAGUUUGCUGCGGCCAUGGUGGAGUACAGCAAGGACAAGGUGGAUAGGAUGGAAGCCACACCUAGAGGCAGUGUGAAGCCGACAGGACCAGGCAAGGCUGGAGGACGACCAAAGAAGAAGGCAAGAUAUAAGCCCAUCGGCAUCACCCCUCACAUGACAGAUGCAGCCCGCCACGCCCAGGAGGAAGCUGAGUUGAAGGCCCUGGAGAAGCUGGGGCUUUAUCUACCUGAUGCUUACCGCACUGCAAACCGUCGCCGCCGGAUGAGGAAGAUCAGCACUGAUGAACUGCCAUGGAGGACCCAGCUGAGCAUUGUGCAGGGACUGAGUCACUUUGGGGCCUUCCUACAGAAGCUGGAGAAGAGGGAGAAAGUCCUGGGUUCAUCCAGCUGCAACAUGUACAAGACAUCCUUCCUGGACCAGGAAUGGUUCACCUUUGAGACAGCUGGAACCCUGGUUGUGGGUUGGGAGGGUGGCCCAGCUCGACAAACAUCCGCUCUUGGACUCGCAGCCUCACCACGAAAGAGUGAUGAGCCUGUGUCAGCUUUAAAUGCCCUUGACCUUGCUGUCGAACAGGACAGACCGAAAACUACAGGCAUUGAGUUUGCUGCAGCUGCUGCUACUGGUGCCCCACCACCUCCCUUGUACACCAUCCCACCUGAGGCAGAGGACACGCCCAGGACGUACCGAUCAGAGCAGGUGUCAUCCAGAUAUGAACACAAGCAUCACAUUGAUCCUGACACAUCACCCCUGUCCACACGAGCAACAGUAGAAGCUCUCAGCAGAACAUUCAAAUACUUCAAACAUGCAGUGACUCUAGCCCACAGAGGGCAGCACUGGACACUGUUACAGAACGCAGCACGUGCUCUGUGGAACUGUGCCCAUACUGCCUUGCUGCGUGCCUUCACUGCCAACCAGGGGGGUCAGGAUGCAGGCCUGCUCACCAUCGAUGUCCUACGCUCACUGGUGUGGUCACCUCUCCACAUGGCUGCAGAUUGCCUACUGGACAUGAUGGUGCAUCUGCAAGUGGACCUUGACCACCAGUCAUUCAAGGCCAAGGCCAAAGGUCGUAAAGCUGGUACUUACUUUGAAUCCUGGUAUGGAGAUGUGAAAAAUGAGAAGGGUGGAGCAAGUCUGAAGUUUGAGUCUCCUAUGGAUGACAUGAGCGUGGUGGACGUCCGCUUUAUACGUCGCCUGGUUCUGAGAGUGCUUGAGAUGCUGUAUUAUGAGCAGAAGUGGGAAAAGCUGACAGACAUUGCUCUCAGAUUCAGUGCCAUCUCCAAUGACCGGUAUGCAGAGCAAGUGAUACCUCUCCUAGUCCAGGCUCAGAGGAAGCUGGACCAGCGUAUCACCAAACUGGGUGGAGUUGCCCCUCCUCAGCCUCACUACAGAAAGCUGAAGGCCCAGCUAGGAGGUGUGAUCCAGGCCAAGGACUACCUCAAGGCUCAACUGAGGAUUGAAAUGGACAGAUCCAAUUAUCAACAGUUAGAACCUGGCAGUCAAAUCGAUCCCUUGGGGCACAAUGUACAUUCUUCUGAUGACUCACAGCGUAUAGUGUCUGUCCCUGUCGAUCCUGACAGUAGUCUGAAGACUCUCCGCAACACCCUGGAUGCUGCACACUACACCGCCAGGGCGCUGCAUCACAGCCGCAAGCUACUGGUGCUGUACCUGGGAGGCCAGAUGAAUGCAUCUGAAGCACCUCUGAGCAAGUCUCCAUCCAAGGUUGAGUUUGUACCCAACACAGCUCACCCCCAACCCACCAUGCCGCAAGACUUGAGCCAGGAACAGUUCUUGUCUAUCAGCGAUAUCCAGACAUCACCGGUACCACGCUCACAGCUCGGAACUGUCAUCUCAUCUUAUGAGAAAACUAUAGACAUGUUGAUGGCCAAAAACCAGAAAGGUCUUGCUUCCCAAGCCAUCAGGGAACUAGGCAACGUGCUGUAUCACACUGGCAAUAUCAGAGGGGCGUACCGGUGCUGGUCAGACUCAUUGGACAUUGUGCUCAACACCACAGACGCUCUCCACUCCUGGCGGGAGCUGCUGAAGGGAGCUGACGACAUCAGCCAGGAGCUGCUCAAGAGAUGUGGACUGUGGGGCUGUAUACAGGGAGGGAUACUGGCAUCUAACAUGGCACAGUAUGUGUUAACCUCUGACCUUGGACUGCGUAUGGAAUGUUGCUUUCUGUCUGGCUUCUUCUUCAAGGGACUGUUCCGGUCAUCUCUGCCUCACCCGACUGCUGACUGUGACUAUGCCAUGUAUGAGGUGGGUGAAGGUUGUGAGGUCACUAACCUUGUACCUGGCCUUGACUUCCUGUCAGACAGGUUCCGCUGUGAUGGAAGACAACUUAUUUCUGCACUGAGAUGGGUUACUGAAGAACUCUCCAGAGGAAAGCACAACCUCUUUGUUCUUCCACUGUUGACCUUGUAUCAGUAUUUCACAACGUUUGUGUGUCGAGAUCUGCAGCGAGCUGUGGAUGGCCGGAUCCUGAAGGUUCGGAUCUUGACUGAUCUGAGUCUGUACACUGAGGCCUUCAUCACCCUGCAGCGACUGCUGCAUGGUGAACGUCUUCCUCACACAGGAGACAGCAACUUCAGACAAGUGGAGUCCAGGAUGAGCUCCAUCAGGUUCAACACUGCCAAGCCUCUCACAGAUUCAGUCAAUCUCCGGGUGAUUGAGACUGUCCUGGACAAACGGCUGUCGUCCAGCCUCGGGACGUUAUAUGGCCCUCACAUGACUUGCCAUCUCUCCAUCGUUCAGGCUCACCUCUUUGUAACAAUUGCCAGUGCCAUCCCUGUCCUGCCUGCUGCUGAGGAUGUGAUCCUACUGGAAGGCCAGGUCUACAUGAAGCCACGUACAAUCAGCACUAUCUCCCGUGGUGGGCUGGGCAGUAGGGGCCCCAAGCUAUCUCAGUACUCCAUGAGGUCCCCACAUGCAGAUUCACCCAGAGAUGCUGAUGAGGACAGUGAUGAAACUGUGGGUUGGUGUAGUCGCCGCUUCACUGAGAGCAAGAAGUUGAUGACAGUGGACUCGGUGAAGGGGACGCUGCUGUCAGUGGCAGAGAAGAUGGUGUCCACUAUAUCCGAGGUCAUUGUGGAGAAUGCUGAAAAUGACAAAGCAGGCACAUCACCGUUGUCUGCUGCUGAGUUAGAGCUUGUGGUUCUGUGUAAACUUGAGCAGGCAGCCAUUGCUCGCCAGAAGCACCAUGCACCUCUUGCAGCCCGGAUUGUGCUUUCUGCUCUGAAGAUGCUGCAGAACUCUGACCUCUUCAAGCCCAAGAAGGAGACACCUCCUCCACCAAGAGAGUGGCAACGCAGGCCAUCGUCCAUGAAAGGUCGUCACAGUGGGUCUCGACGACCUCCUCAGAUGGAAAAUAUUAAACUGACGGACUCUGAUAACACCCAGUUCCAAUAUCAGAACUUCCAGAGUCGGUCUCGCCUGGACACCCGUCUGUGGCUGCACUGUCGCUUAGCACUCGUCUCCAGCCUCAUCAUGGAGGUCCGAGGAAUGGGAGACGUUAAAGGGAGUGAGAACAAGGUGCUCACUGAUGUUGCUGAGUGUCGGCAGUACUGUGCAGAGGGGCUGUCGGAGGCGGAGGCUUGUGGGGAUGUGGAGAUGCAGGCGGAGUUCCUGGCCCAGGGGGCACAACUAAACAUCAUUGAGGGAAACAGUCUGGAACACACUGUACUGCUGAUGGAGGAUGCCAUCAAGCUGCUGAGUGGAAUGCCACGUUUGUCAAACCAUGGUGAGCGUCUGCUUGUGCUGUGCCUGAUGAUGAAGACAGACUUGGAGGCAGCCUGCAGGAAGGAUGUGGACUCGGAUGCUAUGACACAGAAAACACUCAACAGCUACCUGGAUGUGCAGAGACUUGUUCUGUCUCAGAUGGAGCAGCUUGGGGAGAGGAUUGAGCACUACCAUCCUGUGGGUCAGCAGGACCACCUGUCCACCCUGGUCAGUCCCAUGGACAAUAUCUACCUCCCAAACUGUCUCCGCCUUGCACAGGUCAAACUCAGAAUUGGACAUGCCAUGGCCAGGAAUACUGCCAAGAAGAUACGGAAUGGUGUUGUAGAUGUAGAGCACCAUCAGCUGUGGGCAGAUGCUCUUGGCGUGCUGUCAACAGCACUCGAGAUCUCACAAGUCAGUGUCACACGGGAGGCAAACCUGGAAGCAGAAAUUCUCUUUAAUAUGGGCAAAGUACAGAAGAUGUUGGCUCAACUGGGCAAGUUCCAGCCCCGAGCUGCUGCCAACACCCUCAUCGAGGCCAUCAAGACAUCAUUUGCAACAGAUCAUGAUCUUGGGCUGAUCCGACAGAGCUACCUGGAGAUUGCCCUCAUCUACAUGUGCAGCAGUGGUGUGGUGUUGGCCAGGAAGGGGUCAUUCCUUGAGCUAGCGGUGGGGGACAGUGGUGAUGAAGGCAAGCCAACCUCAUCCCACUCUCAGGUUCAGAAGAAGAAGUUGAAGAGCAAGAAGGAACGUAGCAAAUCCCGAAACAAAGAGGAUGAUGCUGGUAUACCAGAACACGAGAGAGAGAAGCGUGCUGCCUGGCUUGCCAUCAGAUGUGCAGCAGCAACAGCUGCAGCCCAGCGAGCCCGUACGCUGUUGAUAGGAGAUAACAGCGUCACCUCCCAGAAGCUGGGAGACAAGGAAGUGAAGAAUGUGCCAGAGUUUGCUGCCCUUGAUCUCAUUAGCGGCUAUGUACUGGGAGAGAAAAAGAAAAUCUUCAAGAGUGAGAUAGAAGAAGAGUUAUCCUCCCUUAUGGAUGCCCAGGAGGUGAAGCAGGUUGACACGUAUGACGACCAGGUGAACAAAGCCAGAACUGGCGCCAAGGAUCUCAGCUGGAUACACUUCCUAGGCUAUCAGACUGUCCUUCAGCGCCUGUGUAGUACUGCUACAAUCUGUGCGACAAGCUCACAAACAGACUCAGUGAAUGUAAAUGGAGGUGACCUUGGACCAGACUUUGACCUUGGAUUUAUCAGCCAUGCUCAAUUUGACACAACAAUGAACCAUGAUGUUGUUCGGUCCAUGUUGUUUUCUGGUCCAUGGUCGUGCCGGUUACGUCACAUGCAUGGUUACCUGACUUCUCACCUACCGGUGUAUGCCAGUGACUGCUGUGCCAUCUACCCUCCUUCCCCCCUUCUGCUCCCAGUCACCUCUGCCAGCACUGAUCUCAGUAUCACCAUGAAGACGUACACUUCUAACCUCAGCCUGGGCAGCAGCGUUGAGAUGGAGAAUAUUUACAACAGCAGCCUUGACCUUGAUCCACGACCUCUUCCUCCAGGAACACAGACAAAUCCUCACAAACCUGCUGAUGAGGCCAUUGUGAAUCCUGGAGACAAUGAACUGGUUCUACAGUGGCAUCAACCCACCCUUGAUGAAAGUGACCCAGCACAUACAGAGAUGGGUUCCUUGGACAGGAGGAUUAUUCUGCUGUAUGCUCUCUCAAGGAAGGGGAGUUCGGGGAGUCCAGGCGUGGCACCAGGAUUCCUGUGGGUGUCACAACCUCAGCUCAUUGAUCUCCAUGACAGGUUGGCAGUGCUGACCCAGAGAGGGGAGAUAUCUCUAACAGAGAAGGAGAAGACCAAGAAGGAUAAGGAUGUGACCCCAGCUACCCCAACACCAGUCAAACCCAAGAAAGCACAGAGGAUCAAGGCUCUCUCCCCCAAACCACAGCGAGACGAGCAGCUGGAGGGACUCCUGAGGCAGUGCCUGGAUGACUGUACUCUCCUACUGGCGUCUUCCCCGGAACAGGACGCAGUCACUGAGAUUCCAUUUGAUGUUAACCGAUCAAGCAUCAAGAACCUGGAGCAACUGUUUGACCAGAGUUUUGGGCUGCUGCUACGAGGCACUGAUGUUGCAACAUGGAUCAUGAAGAUGUUAUCCUGACCACUUGCUUUCUGUACAUGAUGUUUUUUUUAUAAAGUUGUUCCUAAUUUAUAUAUUUAUGAUAAAGCCAAAAUCCAGUUUGCUUGAGAGAGAUGUGCCAGUGUAAAUAUUCACAUCCUCUGUGUUACUUUUGUAAUACUGUUUAUGAUGUUUAAGGUGUUGUUAGCAUUUACCAAAGUUUGAAUAAUGAUUUUGUUUAGACUUAUACCACUGCUUUUGUGUGUUGACUUCUGUGCAGAGUUGCAUCCAUUAGUUAUGGCAGGAUCUGGUGUUUCUUGUUACAAAUCCCAGAUUCACCUGUUAUAAUUCAUGUCAGAACCAUACCUAUUCUUGUGAACAUCUAUGAUCUGUAUCACUUCAGCUUUUCCUCUUCAAGCACCCCUUGAUAUACUAAAAGUUUCCUGUUUGCCUGGAUUAUGAUUAAUGUUAACUUAACUUACAUUGAUGGGGACGGUGGGGUAGCCUAAUGGUUAAAGUGUUCGCUCAUCACGCUGAAGACCCGGGUUCGAUUCCUCACAUGGGUACAAUGUGUAAAGCCCAUUUUUGGUGUUCCCCCACCGUGAUAUUGCUGGAAUAUUGCUGAAAGCAGCGUUAAAACUAAACUCACUCACUUACAUGGAGAAAGUUCCUCUUGUAAUGACUGCGUGUCUAGACCAAGUCAGAAACUGGGAGCCAGUCUUAUGAGCAAAGUCUUCUUUUAAAGGGGACAUGUACACAAUUAGUUGAUAUCAGUGUAUUAAUUUUACUCUCUUUUGCUCACAUUAUAAAUAAAAAGCUCAAUAUAAAUGCU